AUGGAUGAUAAAAUUAAUAUAGAAGGCUUUUUUGAAAAUGAUGAGUUAAGUGACAAGUUAAAUAAUGAGUCAAAUAAAGAGAACACACCAGCCUUUAAACUUAGAAACCUACUAAAAGUUGCUACUAGAGGUAGACCAGAGGCAUUCACACAUUAUAAUAAUAACCAAAGUCAAAAACCAAAGGAUACUAAAACUUUGUCUAAUAAGCAAAAUCAGCAAAAAUCUAAGGAUACAAAAGGCUUAUCUAAUAAAUAA